UUGGGAAAAAUGAGUAUGAUUAAAGCAGUAGUUUAUAGCUCAUUUAUAUUCAAUUUUUUAUUAAUAAUCGGCAGUAAUUCAAAAAAGAAACAAGGCAGUGCAUGUCCAUUUUGUUGUUAUCCAACGGAAAAUAUUAUUUUUCAAAACGAUAAUAUAAAAGUGUUCAACGACAGAACACCAAAGGCAACAGUUCAUUAUUUAGUAUGUCCAAAAAUUCAUAUUGAAUCAAUCAAAACACUCGAACCAUCAGAUUUACCAGUUUUAAUUGAAAUGAAAAAUGUAGCCAAUCAAAUAGUAGCAGAAAAAUUCCCAAACCAAAAGUAUAGAUUAGGUUUUCAUGUUCCGCCAUUCUAUAGCGUUAAGCAUUUACAUUUACAUUUACUAGUAGAACCAUUUUAUAAAUUCAAAAAAUCGAAAUAUACGCCUUAUUUCGGAGGGCUUUGGUAUAAAGAUAUUGAUACAGUUAUAAAUGAACUGCAUGAUAAAGCGGUUUAA